AUGCGCUUCUUCAGCACCGUCUCUGUUGUCCUCACCGCAGCGCUUGCUGCGAUCUCCGUCGCUGCUCCUGUGGCUGAAGCUGAGACCAAGGUCGUUGCUCGCCAGUCGACCACGUCGAUCGCGUCCCUCUGGACCACCGCGUUCAACCAGGUCAACCCUCUCGCCGAGUCUCUCAUCUCCCUUGACUCGAGCAAUGCGACCGAGACCACCGUCCAGCCCAUCCUGCAGCAGAUUCAGACGCCUCUCAACACCCUCUUGAGCGGCGUCACCGACCUCCAGAGCUCGGGUGCCCCUACAAGCCAGCUGCUCAUGUCCGCCGAUGGCUCUUCUCAGCUGAGCGUUUCUGACCUCGCUUCCCUCAUGGCGGGCGACAUGACCACUCUCUUCAACGGUCUCGGUGCUGCCUACGGCUUUGGUUUGGGUGGUGCUCUCGGCGCUCUCCUUUACGCAGUUGGCAUCUUGCUCUACCACGUCCUAGUGAUCGUCCUUGCUCUCGUCGCCGGACUCCUUGCCGCUCUUACUCCCCUCCUCUUCGGCAUCGCUGGUAUCCUUGGCGAGCUCGGCCUUGGCCUCCUCACAGGCCUUCUGGGUCUUUAG